CGGUGGCGCUGUGCGCAAAGCUCCGGCGCCGGACUGGACUGAACUGGACGCAGUUUGACAGUCCGAAAGAGCGCCGCUGCAAGGAAACGGGGGGGUUAGUGGUGGUCCACGUCGCUCCAAGAAGGGGGGAAGCGAACAAGACAUGGAUGUUUAAAUGCUUUGCAUCGGUCACUCUCUAGUUUCUUUCCCCCCCCCCACCAAAUCUCUCCCUCAUGUAGAUGUUGCUGCCUUUUAAUGAGAGCUGCUCCAUGUCUCCCAUCACUUUAUAACCGCCACAAGAUGAGGAUUUCUUCUCGCCACUGGUUUUUGUUGAUAUUUUGGGGCUUGUGGGGACUGUCGCUGGGUGCUUUCCCGAGCAGCGUUCAGAUAGGCGGCCUCUUCAUCAGAAACACGGAUCAGGAGUAUACCGCCUUCCGUUUGGCCAUCUUCCUGCACAACACCAGCCCCAAUGCCUCGGAAGCGCCCUUCAACCUGGUGCCUCACGUGGACAACAUCGAGACGGCCAACAGCUUCGCCGUCACCAACGCCUUUUGCUCCCAGUACUCCCGCGGUGUCUUCGCCAUCUUCGGCCUCUACGACAAGCGAUCGGUGCACACGUUGACGUCCUUCUGCAGCGCCCUGCACAUCUCCCUCAUCACGCCCAGCUUCCCCAUCGAGGGCGAGAGCCAGUUCACGCUGCAGCUGCGGCCGUCCAUCCGCGGGGCGCUGCUGUCCCUGCUGGACCACUACGACUGGAACAAGUUUGUCUUCCUCUACGACACCGACCGAGGUUACGCCAUCCUGCAGGCCAUCAUGGAGCGGGCGGGCCAAGAUAACUGGCAGGUGAGCGCCAUCUGCGUGGAGAACUUCAACGACGCCAACUACCGCCGCCUGCUGGACGACCUGGACCGGCGGCAGGAGAAGAAGUUUGUGAUCGACCUCGAGGCCGAGAGGCUGCAGAACAUGCUGGAACAGAUUGUCAGCGUGGGGAAACACGUCAAAGGCUACCAUUACAUCAUGGCCAACCUGGGCUUCAAAGACAUCAAUCUGGAGCGCUUCAUGCACGGCGGCGCCAACGUGACGGGCUUCCAGCUGGUGGACUUCAGCAACCCCAUGGUCAUCAAGCUGAUGCAGCGCUGGAACAAGCUGGAUCAGAGGGAGUACCCGGGCUCCGACGCCCCGCCCAAGGCAUUCUCUCCAUCUGUCUUCCAGUAUACGUCGGCGUUGACCUACGACGGGGUGAUGGUGAUGGCCGAGGCCUUCAGGAACCUCCGCAGGCAGAAGGUGGACAUUUCCCGAAGGGGGAACGCCGGGGACUGCCUGGCCAACCCCGCUGCCCCCUGGAACCAAGGCAUCGACAUGGAGCGUACUCUCAAGCAGGUGCGGCUGCAGGGACUCACAGGUAAUGUCCAGUUUGACCACUAUGGCCGCAGGGUCAACUACACAAUGGACGUGUUUGAGCUGAAGAAUAAUGGACCACGACGGAUCGGCUACUGGAACGACGCCGACAAGCUGGUGCUGAUCCAGGACUCGCCGCUCCUCCCCAACGACACGUCCGGCAUGGAAAACCGCACGGUGGUGGUGACCACCAUCAUGGAGGGUCCCUAUGUGAUGCUCAAGAAGAACUGGGAGAUGUACGAGGGCAACGACCAGUACGAGGGAUACUGCGUGGACCUGGCCUCCGAGAUCGCAAAGCACAUCGGCAUCAAGUACAAGAUCUCCAUCGUCCCCGAUGGGAAGUACGGCGCCCGGGACCCAGAGACGAAGAUCUGGAACGGCAUGGUCGGGGAGCUGGUGUACGGGAAAGCGGAAAUCGCUGUGGCCCCUUUGACAAUCACGUUGGUCCGGGAAGAGGUGAUCGACUUCUCCAAGCCCUUCAUGUCGUUGGGCAUCUCCAUCAUGAUCAAGAAGCCCCAGAAAUCCAAACCGGGCGUCUUCUCCUUCCUGGACCCCUUGGCCUACGAGAUCUGGAUGUGCAUCGUGUUCGCCUACAUCGGCGUGAGCGUGGUGCUCUUCCUGGUCAGCCGCUUCAGCCCGUACGAGUGGCACACCGAGGAGCCCGAGGAGGGCACCGACGGUCCGCCAAGCGACCAGCCCCCCAAUGAGUUUGGCAUCUUCAACUCCCUCUGGUUCUCCCUGGGCGCCUUCAUGCAGCAAGGCUGCGACAUCUCCCCCAGGUCCCUGUCCGGUCGGAUUGUAGGCGGCGUGUGGUGGUUCUUCACCCUCAUCAUCAUCUCGUCCUACACGGCUAACCUGGCCGCCUUCCUCACCGUGGAGAGGAUGGUGUCCCCCAUCGAAAGCGCCGAGGACCUGGCCAAGCAGACGGACAUUGCGUACGGGACCUUGGACUCCGGCUCCACCAAGGAGUUCUUCAGGCGUUCCAAGAUCGCCGUGUACGAGAAGAUGUGGGGCUACAUGAAGUCGGCCGAGCCCACCGUCUUCACCAAGACCACGGCGGAGGGCGUGGCGCGCGUCCGCAAGUCCAAGGGGAAGUACGCCUUCCUGCUGGAGUCCACCAUGAACGAGUACACGGAGCAGCGCAAGCCGUGCGACACCAUGAAAGUGGGGGGCAACCUGGACUCCAAAGGCUACGGCGUAGCCACGCCCAAGGGUUCACAGUUAAGAACGCCCGUAAACCUUGCCGUAUUGAAACUGAGCGAAGCAGGAGUCUUAGACAAACUGAAAAACAAAUGGUGGUACGAUAAAGGGGAGUGUGGACCCAAGGACUCAGGAAGUAAGGACAAAUCGUCACAGGCCCUCAGUCUGAGCAACGUGGCGGGGGUCUUCUACAUCCUGGUGGGAGGUCUGGGCCUGGCCAUGCUGGUGGCCCUCAUCGAGUUCUGCUACAAGUCUCGCAACGAGGCCAAGAGAAUGAAGCUAACGUUUACGGAAGCCAUGAGGAACAAAGCCCGCCUGUCCAUCACGGGCAGCGUGGGCGAGAACGGACGCGUGCUGACGCCCGACUGCCCCAAGGCCGUGCACGCCGGGCCGCCCCUCCGCCAGAGCUCGGGCCUCGCCCUGGUCUCCUCCGAGCUGCCGUGAAAGCCAAAAACCUCUCAAGUGCCUUAAUCUGAGCGCAAAAACCGGUAAACAGAGCAGCAGGCUUGGCGACCCCCUACCUGACCAGCUGGCGAGGCGGGACCACCAUCUCGAGGGUUUUUUUUUGUUUUUUAAAGAACGACUCAACGAGAUGUGCGGAAGCACCACGAGGAGAAUAUCAUCAUUUACAAUCAUAUAUGACACCAACACCGAUAAACUGCUUUCGGAUGGUUCCCAGGAGACGUUCCACGACCUCUCGAUAUCAACAAGUGGGAUGAGAACAUUUGUAUCCAUACUAGAACGUCUAUAUAUACAGACAUACGUACAUAUGUAUAUUGAGUAGCUGUACAUAAGGACGACUGUGCUUGCUCAUUUUUAAACAAAGAUUGUGUAGUGGCCACUUGUUGGGUUUUCUAACGGCAAUAACAUUCUAAGACUGAGGAACAUUUCCAAAUGUAGCAGCCUCGUACAAACUAAUCGAUUCCAUUUCUACCAUGAAUGUCAACAGCCCCCGCCCCCCCUCCUCCUCCAGAACCCGCACUGUGUUUAAAAAAAUGUGGUCCGAAUAGAACAAUUUUUUUCAUUCUUUGGUCUAUUUUUUCUACAGAAGAUAAAUAUUAACAGCGUAGAUCUUUUAGUUUGUAUGUGAAUGCAAACAACGGCCAUUUUCUCUUCAAUGUUGUCAGAAUAUUUCUGUACGUUUUUUGUGUGUGUCAAAACUCUUUGUCUUUACGCGGGAACACUGUGGACAGGCCCUCGUCGCUCCACUCGGAAUGUCCCGGAAGUAAAAAAAAAAAAAAAAAAAAAAAUGAAAAAAGACAGUUAAAGAGCGGCGAUGGCGUUCUUGGCCUUUUUUUUGUCCAUCUUCUAAAUUAUAAAGUACCACUAAGAGUUCAAAAUUGUACAUUUUUAUUUAGAACUUUUUUUUAAAGUAAAGAAAAAAAAUAA